AUGAACCCCCCUGACAAGUCGCCUAAGAAGAUUGCCAAACUUCCUUCUCCCAAGGUAGAGUCCAGCUCUGGGCGGAGAACUAUAUCGAAUAACGCUGCUCGACCACAACAGCCUCGAGUAGCUCGAGCAGUUUCGUCGCCAAACUUCAAAGAUCACCUAACAUCCUCAUCGGCCGACAACGAACCAUUGGCGGGGUUGAAAAAAGAGCGACUUGCGACAUCUCCUCAGAUCGACGAGUCGCCGCCCUUCGCUUCAAUUCCUUCUCAUGAUGAGAAAAAUUUGUUGAAUUACCGUCUCUCUCGUUAUCUUGAGCCGGGCUCGAACACCAGUGAAUCCCUAUAUGAAACAUACGGCGUGAGGAUUGAGAGACUGAAGAAUUUCUGGUUUGUUUUGUUCGCGCUCGAGCGGAUCCUCCUUUUUGGAAGCCUCGCGUGUCUAGAUUCAUGGCUUUACACUUUUACAAUACUACCGCUGCGCUUUGUAAAAGCAUUCUUCAUCCUUUUCGAGUCCUGGGUGAUGAAGUUGAGGGCCGAGGUUCCAUUUCUAUGGAGGUUCGUUCGCAGUGGUGUUCGACGAGUAUGGCGAAGAAGGAGACAGCCACUCGCCGAGGUCACCGAUCGGCGCGAGAGUGAACCUGAUACAGCUGCUAGCUCAGAUACGGUCACCAUAGACCGAGAUUCUAAACACCGAUCUUCUGAGCCACUCAAACGAAGACAGCGGAUCUUUGAAUCUCGCAUAUAUCACCGCCGAAGGAAGAUGUUGUUGCCCUCUUCUUUGCUUAAAGAAGAAAAAGCAGACAUUCUCAAGGGCCUUUUAAUGAUCACCACCUGCUCUCUUUUGAUGUUCCUCGAUGCUAGCCGCAUGUAUCAUUGGAUUCGUGGGCAGGCCGCCAUUAAACUAUACGUGAUAUACAACGUCUUGGAAGUGAGCGACAGACUUCUGUCUGCUGUCGGACAGGAUAUUCUCGAGUGUCUUUUCUCAAAGGAAGCGCUUGAACGUGAUUCCAAUGGAAAGAUUCGAAUAUCUCGACCAUUUUGGCUGUUCUGGACGGCGCUGGUUUACACUGUGGUCCAUUCAACCUCCUUAUACUAUCAAGUCAUGACUCUGAAUGUGGCCGUCAACUCUUACUCGAACGCACUCAUUACACUUCUGCUGUCCAAUCAGUUCGUUGAGAUCAAAUCAACUGUAUUUCGCAAGUUCGAAAAAGAAAAUCUGUUCCAGCUUACUUGCGCCGACAUUGUUGAGCGAUUUCAGCUGGGUCUCAUGCUUACCAUCAUUGCGUCGCGCAAUUUCGUUGAGACAGGUGCUUUCAACUUUAUUGGAGAUCUUGGUCUGGGAUCUGGCUCAGUCCAUUUAUCAACCGCAACCAACAGCACACCUCUGUCGACGCCCCCAAGAACAGCAACAUCCAUUCUCCCUCGAUCCUUUACUUUCUUCCCCUCCUCCAUCUUUUAUUCUGUCAGCAGUGUCAACUCUUUUCUCCCCACUUUCGCUCAAGUCCUGGGACCCUUCUUGAUUGUGUUGGGAUCUGAGAUACUUGUGGAUUGGCUGAAACAUGCCUUUAUCAACAAGUUCAACAAUUAUCGUCCGGCUCUAUACAAUAAGUACCUUGAUGUUCUUGCCAAGGAUUACUACACCAAUGCGUUCGGAGAUCAAAACCUCACUCGUCGCAUCGGCUUGCCAGUCAUCCCCCUAUCUUGUCUCUUCUUCCGUGUUUCGGUGCAGACAUACCAAAUGUUCCUGGAGUCUCUACUCCCUCAAAAUCCUUCUUCAACCGCGCUGGGAUCGACUUCCCUGACAUCCAUUCACGAUCACUACACAUCCAUACCUCUUCCAUCUAUGUCCCCAUCAAUCCUUCGUGACAUUCUCCCAGCAUCAGCUGCUUACAUCAACGCCCUCUUCCAAUCUCUUCUAGAGAAUGCUAUUCCCUCUCCAGCACGAUCAGUCCAAAUAUUCACCGUCAUUCUCCUCCUAACAGGUUUUAUCGUCCUCCUGAUCGUCAAGUUGCUCCUAGGUGUGGGACUCCUUGUCUUCUCUCGCAACCGGUACAAGAAAAUGAAAAGUGCCGAAAAAGAGCAGCGCAAGAUAAAGACUGAGUUCAAUGUCGAAGGCGCUCUUAGGGUCGGGCCCUGGGGAAUGACGGAAGUUACCGAACAGACCCGCCGAAGGAUUUAUGAUGAUGAUCCUGAGGGGCUGCGACGCUUGAAGGAGAAAGAGGAAAAGGAUAAAAACAAGGACGGGGACUUGGACAUUGAUCGAGUUCAACGGUAUGGAAUGUCUGGGAAGAAGAUUUGGUGA